AAUGCGCAUGAAAAUCCAUUGCAGCAACACGGAAGUUAAUUUCCAUAAAAUUUUCAUUACGGCAACUUAAAUUCAGCAUUUUAUUCAACAUUCAUUGACAAUUAUAAAUAUGGGUAACAAAAUUUCAGCUGCAGGUCAAAACGAAACCGCAGGUUGUCUGGCAUCGCCACAGUCGAUUAUUACUCCUUCUGAUUCAUCUUCUUCAUCCACAGAACCACCAAAACCAAUUGAACAAAUAGCAUCUGGUCAUAACCCAGGAACAUUUGAAGAACUCCACAGAAAAUGCGAAGACAUAUUUCCACAAUGCUUCCAGGGAGGAAAGAUUAUAGUUUCAAAAGAAUUAAGCAGUCAUUUUCAAGUCAGUCAUACCAUCAAUUUCAGUACAGUAGAGCGUGCCAGUUCUGGAUACAAAUUCGGUGCUACAUAUGUUGGCACAAGAAAAUUAGAUUCACAAGAGGUGCUAAACGUGGUUUUAGGUGAUAUUGAUCCUACUGGUAAUCUUAAUUUCAACAUAAUUCGGCCAUUUACACAGAAUAUUUGGUCUAGCGUUGUAACACAGAUGUGUCCACCAGGUUUAGUUGAUACUGUUGAUAGUGAAACAAAGGAUCCAACAGAAAAACUUGUUACACGUAUAACUCCAGCGGGUUUAGUUGAUAUUGAUAUUAACCCUGCCAGUAUAGCUAAUAGUACAGCUACUUAUGAAGCUAAUCGUAAAGCUAAUAAUGAAGCUAAUCGUGAAGCUAAUAAUGAAGCUAAUCGUGAAACUAAACGACGUAAAGCGAAUCGUAAAGAAGUCUAUGUUCUUAAAGCCACAAAAAGAUAUGCAUCUGCAGAUAUUAGGCCAAAACUGGUAACACAGAUGUAUCCAGUGGUUUCAGGCGAUAUUGAUGGUAACGGUAACCUUAAUGCAACCUUGAUUUAUGGAUUGACCCAAAAGUUAAGGUCAAAGCUUAUAACACAGAUUAAAGGCAACAAGUUUGUAGCAUUCCAAGGCAGUAUGGAAUAUAGGGGAAUAAAUGAAACAUUAUCUGUCACUGUAGGCAAUCCAGACAUAGUGAAUAAAUCAGGUAUUUUAGUUGGACAGUAUUUACAUCAAGUUACACCACACUUAGCGUUAGGUUGCGAGGGUUUAUAUCGUCAAUAUCCGGAAAUACCACAUGGUGAAAACAUAACCGUAUCAACAGUAAAUGCUGAUAGCUCUUGUCUUCGAUCUUAUCCAGAAGUAUUGCAAGCUAAAUAUACAGCCGCAUUUUCGUUAGCUGCUAAAUUUACUGGUGAUGAAUGGACUUUGUCUGGUAACUUCAGUCCUUUAGUUGGUGAUGCUCAUCUUUGUUAUCACCAUAAAAUAACAGAAGAGUUAGACGUAGGAGCGGUGAUAGAAACUAGAUUUGCACAUGGAGAGAGUGUUUGUAAGCUUGGUUACCAGUUGAAUUUCCCAGAAGCUUCAAUGAAAUUCAGAGGUAGCGUAGAUACGAAUUGGGGACUAGAAGCAACAUUGGAAGAAGAAUUAUCACCACUUUUUCCGUUCACAUUUGCUUUAAGUGGAAUGGCUAGUUUUGCUAAUUUUCAAAGACCUCUAUAUCGCUUUGGUAUAGGACUUAUAAUUGGAUAAUAACUUGCAGUAUAUUUUCUGAUUGUGUACAUAAUUGUGUGAGAACUUUACGAAGUUUAAAGAUAUAACUUCUGGUAUGACUGCCUAUUACUGAAAGCUGUUUUAUGGUACUUUUACUGAUGAUACGAUGAUUGUAUUCGUGUUCUCCAGUUUUUAUUGAAAAUAUUUGGUAAUUCAAGUUAUUGAAAAUUUCGUUUUCUUAUUUGUAAGAAUACAGCAGUAUAUUGUCAUUUUAUUCAUUUACAUCAAGUACAUGAUUUUUUUCUGAUUUAUUUCAUUCAUCAAAAUAUUAAUUACUUUUCUUAUUCAUUUCUUCGUAUCUGUAGAAAUUUCUAAUAUUUACAAUUUUCACAUGAUAGAUAUGACAUAUAUGAGUAAGACAACUUUUCGAAAUUGAAUCAACUUGAUUGUGUGAAAGUAGACGAUAAACUUUCAUUUAACUAAACCGUUUUUUACUGGACUUUGCCUCUAGUUUCUAUUAUCUCUCGCCACUUUUUAACAAAAACUGCUAGUUAUAUAAAUCUAUGCUCUGCAAAAUCAAACAGAUCAUCAGAUUAAGAGACUUUUUACAACAACAGUGUACCAUUAUUUGUAGGCACAGAUUUUAAUUGCAAAGUUUGCUGUAACUUUUUUACAUUCACAAUUUUUUCUGGUCAAUUGAUUUGAUAUAAAAUGAAUAACUUUUAUAGAAACUGCAAUAUAAGAAUCUAAUGCCAUGACUUUGUUAAUUCCAAAAAAAUUGACUAACAUCAUUAUGAAAUGAAAACUUUCUCUUUAAGAUUAACUAAUAAUUAUAUAGAACAUGAAAUUCAACAGAUUCAAAAGUAACAUUAUUUUCAAAAAUGUAUGUUUUCAAUUAUUUGUUGUGGAUGAUUUGCAGUGAAAAUUUUGUGUUUUUGUGUUUUUAUCAAAGUCUUAAUUUCCAGAAACCCGUUGUUCAGUAAGGAAAGAAAACAUGCACAAUCAUAUUUCUUUCUAAUUUAAAAAAUUACAUCGUAGAUGUAGUUAAUGAAAAACAUAACUAAACUUUUAAUGAAAAGCUUGAAAACACCAUUUUAACGAAAGAAGAUGUUCUUGAGAUUAAAAUAAUUACAUACAGGUAUCCAUUACUGAAAUAUAAUAUGCCAUAAAUUGCCUACUUUUCAGGAUGUCAAAUUAAACAUAGCUUAAACUAUGCAAACAAGCCUUUAUGGCGUUAAACUUAUGUUCAAUUUAUGUGAUUAUGUGCUCUAAAUUUCCUAUUUAAUCGUAGUUUUAAAUUUGUGUCUGUAAAAAUCUGGUUAUCUGGAAUAGAUAAAGGCAACAGUAGUAUACCGCUGUUCGAAAUUCAUAAAUCGAUUGAGAAAAAAACAAAUCCGGGUUACAUACUAAAACUGAGGGAAACACAUCAAAUAUAAGAGGAGAACUACGACACAACAGAAACACAACAUUAAAAUGUAACCCACACAGAAACGAACUAUAAUAUAACAAUGGCCAUUUUCCUGACUUGGUACAGGACAUUUUAAGAAAAAAAUGGUGGGUUGAACCUGGUUUUGUGGUUAGCCAAACCUCCCGCUUUUAUGGCAAUGCUAAAUAUAACAUUACAAUGACAACAUUACAUGACAGGACUACAAUACAAAUAAAUGGGAGAACAUAUAGGACAGAGAAACAUACGAAUAAUAGCUAACAAAAGGUACCAGGUUUAAAAUUUAAUACGUAAGACGCGCGUUUCAUCCACACAAGACUAACCAGUGACGCUCAGAUAAAAAAAGUACGAAAGCCAAAACAAGUACAAAGUUUAAGAGCAUUGAGGACCAAAUAUGUGUUGUUGGUUUUUCUUGGGAGGAGCAGGGGUGUGUGGUUGGUGUGAUCUGUUAUUACUGUCAAACAUUUUUAGCAAUUCAUGCUAUGCUUUUUAUAUAUUAUGUAAUCAAACUUAAUAAAUUCAUAUACUGUUGUUAUAACAUCAACUAAGACAUUUAUAUUUUAGUCAUUUAUGAAGAUCAUAAAUUUAUUUUAUGAUUGGAUUCUAAGACUGGCUUGUAAUUUUGUGUUUUUGAAUAACAUUGUGAAAACAUGUAUAUCUGUGAUUACAAUAAAAUCUUUCACUACAUAA